UGGUUUAUGAUGUCAUGAGUGGUGAGGCAAGUCUCCGUAGAUGCAGGCAUCUGGUGCUCCGGUGGAAGAUGCUGCUGCUCUCCCUCCUCCUGUUCCACACCCUGGUCUGGCCCAUGCACAGCAUGAAUGGCAGCUUGCAGUUUGUGGGCGCCGCCCCCUGAUGUCUGGCUACGGCGGGAUGCGGAUCAUGGGUGGCGUAGAUGCUCUGCCGGGGGCCUGGCCCUGGCUCGUCAGCAUCCAGAUCCCCACCCGAAUGGGCCCCCGGCAUUCAUGUGGUGGGUCCCUCAUCAGCACUCGCUGGGUCCUCACAGCAGCUCACUGCUUCAAAGCCAAGAGAAGGCUGCUCCCGCAGUGGCGUGUUGUGAUCGGUGCGUCCCAGCUAUCCCAGCGUGGCCCUGAGGCCCAGGUGCGCUCCAUCAAACAGGUGGUGCAGCACGAGCACUACGAGCCGCGCAUGGAGAGUAAUGACAUCGCUCUGCUGGAGCUCGACCAGCCAAUCAAGUGCAAUGACUACGCACAGCCCGCUUGCCUGCCCGAUGCCAUGGCGGAGGUGUCGAACCUGUCCCACUGCUACAUCAGCGGCUGGGGAGUCACGCAGGAGACAUCCCAGGAAACAGCCGACAUCCUGCAGGAAGCCAAGGUGCACCUCCUUGACAUCACCACCUGUAACAGCAGCCGCUGGUACAACGGGGCCAUCGCCAGCAACAACCUGUGUGCAGGGUACGAGCAAGGAGGUGUCGACAGCUGCCAGGAAGCUGAACGAGUUCCUACAGGGCCUGAAGGGAAAGGGGACUUGACAAUGGAGGGGAGCAGAACACAGCGGAGGCUGAGAUGGACAGUGGCCAUUUCUGACGCUUUGCCCACUGCGCUAGAAGACUCUGUACCAGCAUCCAGCUCCCAUCCUUCCCGUUGUCCUUGUGGAUGGAGACUGGGCACUUACCUCACCGUAGAAGUAAAACAGUGCCCACAACAGAACCAGCUCUGCCUCUGAUCUAUUCAGCCUCUU